UAUAGUGAUAAUCGGUCCACGUGAUGACUAAACGCUGCCACGCUAUCUUUUCUCCUCUGCAUGCGUGCCUGUUUUAAAAUGUCUAUUAUAAACAAUCAUCCGGGCAUCGGUAUGUAUAUAUAUGUAGGAUCCGUAUAGCAAACCCGUUCUAAGUCAAAAUGGCCGGAAGUGACUACGUCCGAGGAGACCUGCUGAAUUUGGUCGUAUUGAUGUGCUAUGGUCUCGUUGGAUCCAACAGUGACUUUUUCGGUCGGGAACUGUUUGGAGUCAAAACGCCCUACCUGUGGUCGAGACAGAGCUCGGACGUAACUGACCUUACGUCCGUGCAAUAUAAUGGACAGACAUGCCGCGCAGUGUACGUGGACGGACUGUACCGACAUGGUGCGCGCUACCCGUUGCUGAAACAGAUUAACCGGAUGAACGAACUGCACAGACUGUUAAGUGGCGGGAACGGCAUUGACCCGUCCGUGGUGGACUGGGUGAACGCCUUCAAAGCCGACAAGGCGGCCCAGCUGUCAGCUCUCGGCCAGCAGGAAAUGGUGGUUCUCGGGGAGAGGCUCGGAUCUCGAUUCCAAAGUCUCCUCAGUAGCGAAAAGGACAGAAUUAACUUCUACUCAUCGGCGAAAGACAGAGCCAAAGACAGUGCAACGUAUUUUCAGAAAGGGUUAGGAAAUACAAUCGGCACCAACCUCUCCAUACCGACCACUAUUGACACCCUCAUGCUCCGUUUCUACGAUUCCUGUAAGUUAUACAACAAAAUCAUGGAUAACGAAAAGACAUUCGAGGAAUACGAUAAGUUUCUGACCGGACCCGAAAUGACCAACGUGGUGACCAACGUCAACAAUGCAGUUUUGAGAGGUCACUUCAACCUAACGUUCGAACACGUGAAGAUAAUACAACAGAUAUGUGCGUUCGAGCUCGCCUUCUUCAACACAUCGGACUGGUGUAGCUACCUCAGCCUUGCAGAUCUGGAGGUGAUUGAUUACGCUGGGGAUAUACAGAGUAACAAAGAAGGCGGCUACCGACACGAGAUCACAGCCCAGAUGUCGUGUCCACUCCUCAAACACGUACUUCAACAGAUGGACAAAGUGGUGACUGCCCAGUCCGACAG